AUGGGUUUAGAUCAGCCUGGUGUCUUCACAUACCGUGAUGGUGUCGCUGUUAUCCAACUUUUCUUCUUCAUAAUCUACCUCGCCCUGGGAAUCGUACUAUGCUGGCGUCACGGAUUCCGUCGAUCAGAUGGCUGGAUCCUUGUGGUAACCUUGUCAAUUCUACGUAUACUCGCCGCAAGUUUCCAGCUCGCCACCAUCAAUACCCCUAACACCACAACGUAUGGAGGUGCACUCAUCUGCCAAGGGAUUGGGCUGGCCCCGCUGAUUCUAUUGAACCUUGGGUUGUUCAUUAGACUGAACAUGUACUUCAAGAAAGUUCACCGACUGGUCUUCACCGCAAUUUCCGUUGUCUCCAUCGUCGCCAUUGCAAUUGCCGUCUAUGGCGGUACCGAGUCCGCGGAAUCAGCCAGCCUAGGAACAAAUGUUAUGCUGAAGGUCUCUGUUAUUCUCUUUACGGCAUGCUACGUUGCACUCUGGGGUCUUUUCUUCUAUUUCAUUGGCGACCGGAAAGCACUUCCCGAGGCCGAGCAGAAGAUGUUCCUCUGUCUCCCUGUCUGUGCUCCCUUCAUGAUCGUUCGACUGCUGUAUAGCAUUCUGGGAGACUACGUGCCGAGUCUUCGGGCAAAUUUCAGCGUGCUCACUGGAGAUGUGACUACUUUUCUGUGCAUGGAUGUCCUCGAGGAGAUCAUUGUUGUUGCAGUGUACGUUUUAUUCGGCAUGGGACUGAAGCAACUCUCGCCGGAAAUGAAGGGCACUAAGCGCAGAAAUAAUUACGAAGACACUAUGGCAUAG